AUGAGCUGCAAAACGAUAAAUAUCGCUUUAGAAAUCAGUCAAAACGGAAAUUUGCAAAAAUUUUACCCGAUUUGUGAUGAAAAUCGGUAUUCAAAAGUUGAAAUUAGUUCAAAAGACGUCACUGAAGUUUGUUGUCCUCAAUGCAAUACGAGUCUCAUCAUAAAUUUUUACACUCCAAACGAGAUUUCUGAGUUAAAUGACGAAAAGGAAGCUGUUGAUGUCAAAAUUGAAGCUGAUCCAGAGCCUAAACUCGAAACAAUUGACGUCAGUGUCCUUCCGGAGAUCGUUUCGCAUGACACGAGCACCGAUGAAGAUCCAAGUUCGCCAAUUUCUUCACCUAAAAGUACAAAAAAGCGAAAAAUUAGUAAAAAUUCACCCGUUAAAAGGAUAAAAAAUUCAAAAAUUGAAGAAAAACCCGUUCCUGACUCCAUUUCCAGCGAUUUUGUAUGCGAAAUUUGCCGAAAAUCCUUCAAAAAUAAACUUUCGCUGAGCACGCACAAGCGAUAUUGCAGCACCGAGCACAUGAACACGACUUGUGACGACUGCCAGAAGACCUUCGACUCGCAUUAUCAGUUCAAAGUUCAUAUGCAAGUCACGCACAACCUCAAUCCGCGUCACAAAUGCGACGAAUGCGGUCAAGCGUUCAUCUCGCGAAGCAAAUUAUUGGCACAUGUCUCGUACAAACACGAAAACAUCCGUCACAAAUGCGAAAAAUGCUCCAAAAGUUUCACGAAUCACUUCGAUUUGAUCAAACACAUGCGUCAAAAGCACAAUAUCGAUCGAAGUACGCGACGAAGUUGCACUUUGUGUACGCCGCCGAGACGAUUUCAUGGCGAUUCGCAGCUGGAAGAGCACUUAAUCGAGGAUCACGGGAUCGAAAAAGACAAAAAUGACGAAAAAAACGACUUAAAGUGUCCUUUUUGUCAGGCGCUCUUCAAAAAUGCUCAAGCUUUGGCGACGCAUCGACGAUAUUGCGACCCGGAAAUGCCCCGCAUUGGCAAACCGACGUGCCGACACUGCGGAAAAUGCUAUUCAACGUGGUACGUGGUCAAAGAUCACAUCAGAACGGAACAUUUGGGCAUCAUGUUGCAAUGUGAACUCUGCGGAAAGCAACUCCGAUCCAAAAAUGACUUAGACGAGCAUCUUUUGAAACACGAAAAUCCCAAACCCUUCGCUUGUCAUCACUGCGAAAAGCGAUUUGUCAACAAGGAACGCAUCAAAGUUCACAUUUUAUCGAAGCAUUUCGACCGGGCGAACUACAUUUGUGAGAUUUGUUCGCGGAAAUUCGUGCAAGAAAGUGACAUGAACAAACACAAAGCGCUCGUGCAUACCGACGAACGACCUUUUGCGUGUGAAAAAUGCCCAAAAACCUUCAAACUCGAAUGUUACUUGAAAAAUCACGUUUACUCAGUUCAUGUUCCGGAUGAAUUAAAACCCAAAUUUGGGUGUCAGUCGUGCGAUUUUGUCACAACGAAGCAGAAAUAUCUCGAGAAUCACAAGAAAAAUCACAUAAAUGACGCCUUGAAGGUUCCGUGCGGAUUUUGUGGCAAGAGAUUCGUUAAUGAGAAGCACAAGCAGCGACACGAGAUGAAUCAUACGGGAGAGAGACCCUAUAAAUGCGAGUGCGGACAGGGAUUUAAGACGAGAGUGGAAAAAAGAGCACAUUGGAUCAAAAGUCACACGGAAGAUAAGCCGUUUGAGUGCGAAAUUUGUCAAGAAGGUUUCGCGGAUCGAUGGCAAUUUAGGAAUCAUGUUGCAAGGCAUGAAAGUGAGAUGGGCGUCACGUUGAGUAAAAGUGUGAGGAAGUUUAUGUUUAAAUAUCGGAAUAUUUAAAAAAAAAUUUUUUAAAA